AUGAGCAUGUCUAUAGAUAUUUCUACAGAUAAAGACAUCUUUAAAUUUAAAAAUGAUCCGUUAAAUAAGCUUGAUGGGAAUACCAUUAAUGAGCUGCUCGAGGAGUUGACCAAAGAAAAAAAUGAUGAGCACGAUAGGCUAGUAGGAGAAUUUUUCAAUCAUUGUGUUAUGAGGUGCAAAGAAAAUAAACUCGAAACCAUGUAUGUGGUCACUGCUUUACUUCCAUGCCUCGUUUCCGAUUCCUACAAGAACCCAAUAAUCUAUCUUAGGAAGCAACUCACCUACGUUAGGUUUCCGUUAGAACAUUCAAAAAGACAAAAGUACCCGUCAGUUUAUGAACACCUGUGGGGCUAUAAGUUUGAUUAUUACAGGUUUUCUGAUCUCGAGAAAGAACAAGAUCCAAAAUAUCAACCUAAACACAUAUUGUCCCCAUUUGACAGGUUUGAAAAAAUCGCUCGGCAUUCUGCUACAUUAUGCUAUGUACCACUACCCGGUCUAUGCACCUACCCGAAGCGUUCUGGUAUCUUCGAAGUCUUGUUUCCUUGUAGCCAAAGUCCAUUUGUAAGGCUCACCCUACAUCAUCCAAUCGAAUUCCUUCAAGAUUCCACAACUUGCUUCGAAUUAUUUUCGUCUCCACCUUUCCAAGCAAUUGUAAAGUUCAAAUGGCAUGCCUUUGCGAGGUCGCGUUUUAUUGCGACUUUUUUGAUCUAUCUCAUUAACUUUGGCCUUUUUACGUUGGCGAUUGGUACCAAAGAUAUGCGAAUAAUGAAAACUAGCAUGACAUUUGGGUCAAUUUUUCUAAUUCUCAAUCUGAUCCGGCUUGUUUUGAUAUUUGUGGCGAAUGAGGUUUACAGCCUCUUGGAACAUGAAGAUCCCGCAUACUCUAUUCUUCGAUUCUGCUCAAUCCUUCUCUUAUGGUUGGGUUUCAUUUCAUUAUUGUGUCUCUUCCAGAGUAUCGGAGUAACACUAAUCGGUGAGAAACAUUCAGAAACAAUAGUGUAUUUCUCAUUUACCCCACCAACUAAUGGUGGUGAAAGUACAUUUAAGGGAUUUGAUCAAUCACUUAAAAAUUUUUGGUCCGGGCUUUUAACUUCUUAUGAUUUUUUUGAACCUUGGGAAAAUAACCAUUUUGUGGAUAUAAUGAAGAUCGUCUAUUCAUUCUUUGCAAACAUCGUAAUCAUGAAUAUUCUAAUUGCACUUGUAAAUAACGUUUAUCAAGAUGUGCAUGAACUUUCUUAUACUAGAUGGACCAUGAUGAGAGCACAUAUAAUUAGUUACAUGGAGCUCUUAACGUUGUUUCCAUCAGAGCGUCAAAAUGAAGAUUAUUUCCCUUACACCAUUACUUACGAGGCAUUCACUAAAGAAGUUGAAGAUUGGAACACCAAACUCGAAGCGAAAAAGGACCAGACAUGGGAUGUUCCUCUUUCUAAGAAGAUCCAGGAUUAUCUGGAUGAGUUAGAGAAUCAAUUAUCAAAGCAAUAG